UGUGCUGUCCCUCCCAGGCGCUGACACCACGGUCUACAUGGAUUUCAUGAAGAGCCACUGCUGCUACACAGCCAUUCCAACCAGCUGUAAACUGGUCAUAUUCGACACCAAGCUGCAAGUGAAAACGGCCUUUUUUGCACUGGUGGCAAACGGCUUGAGAGCGGCGCCUCUGUGGGACAGCAAGGUGCAGAGAUUUGUGGGUAUGCUGACGAUUACAGAUUUCAUCAACAUCCUCAAUUUCUAUUACAAGUCUCCUUUGGUUCAAAUGCACGAGCUGGAGAGCCACAGGAUUGAGACAUGGCGAGGUGAUUCUCCUCAAAACGUCUACCUACCGUAUUCCAAUCACUUCCUUAUUAGUAUUUCCCCAGAAGCCAGCCUCUUUGACGCCGUCUAUUCCUUACUCAAACACAAGAUCCACCGGCUGCCCGUCAUCGAGCCGGAGUCUGGGAACGUCCUGCACAUCCUCACCCACAAACGAAUCCUCAAGUUCCUCCAUAUAUUCGGUAAAAAACUUCCCAAGCCUGCGUUCAUCCGGAGGCAGAUCCAGGAGCUGGGCAUCGGCACGUUCAGGAACAUCGCCACCGUUCAGCAGACGGCGCCGCUCCACCAGGCCCUCGCCAUCUUCGUGGAGCGGCGGGUGUCUGCACUGCCGGUGGUGGACGAACUGGGUAAAGUGGUGGCGCUCUACUCGAGAUUUGAUGUGAUUAACCUCGCAGCCCAGAAGAGUUACGACAAUCUGGACAUGACGAUGCUGGAAGCCGUCCGCAGGCGCUCGUGUUUCGUCGAGGGAGUGAUCAAGUGCUAUCCCUACGAAACCUUGGAAACGAUCUUAGACCGCAUCGUCCGAGCUGAGGUCCAUCGGCUGGUCCUGGUGGACAGGUUUGAUGUGGUGAGGGGCAUCAUCUCUCUGUCGGACCUGCUGCAGGCCAUGGUCUUAUCCCCUGCAGGUAUUGACACCCUUCUGUCCUAGCACCAGGGGGCAGGGAGGCCCCGGAGCCCCCUCUUCCCUCCCACCCUGUCGGCCCUUUGACCCCCACACAUCAUCUUGUCACGCACAAACGAGAACGUCUUCCACAUAACGUGCCGAUGACCAGAUCUUUGAACACGAGGCAUGUCCACGUGCUUCCAGUCACGCAAGCAGGGACCACCCUCCAUUUUUUUGGGGUCUCAUGACUGAGUGGAACGACAGCAGCUUUUCUUUAUGUCUUCCAGAAGUCGCCAUGUGAUUAAAAUGAGAGAUCACUUCUUUGCCUGUGCUGCUGUUAUUAAUAUGAUGUCUGCAGCCUGUGUUAUACUGAAGCAUUGAUAUUGUGAUGAAUCUCUGUAGGUCUUCUCCUGCACUGGUAUU